CAACUGGCAUCUUUUUUCUCUCUAGAAAUUAGGCUAAUCCGCAAUGGCAUCUAAAUAUCCUCGCUACUAUUAUCAGUUGACAAUUGAUAAACUGCCUGAUGUUGUUGAUCUGUUCGAGGGCUGUGGUUUCUCUCAGGAGAGAUGGUAUGAGCUGGGACUGACACUAGGACUACACAAGAACACACUGGACGCCAUUAAAAGAGAGAAUGGCACAAUGCAUCAUGAUUGUUUAACUGAAUGUCUCUCCAAGUGGUUGUCCAGAGCCGAUAAUUUUGACAGUAAAGGAGAAACGACCUUUGACUUAUCACUGCCGAAUGCUCUUAAAUCUAUGAAUGAGAAUGCUGCAGCUGACAAGUUAAAAGAAGGCUUGCAUCAGUUGUUGAUGGGCCCAGUGAUGGUAGGCUCUGCACCAGACCGUCUCCCUGAUACACCACCAGAGGGUCUUGAUCCAAUGCCUGUUACUCCUGAAGUUAUAAGCAUUGCUGAAAAGAUGAAGAAAAAUGCUGAAAAAAAACUUAAGACUAGCUUCACUACCUACACUCCUUUGUAUUACAUAAAGAAAGGAGAGAUUGAUUAUUGUAUAAGAAUCUUUGAGAAAAUGAACAGUUAAAAUUAUAGGAUGGAUGAUUUGAUGAAUACAUUUUGAAGUUGAUGCAAAAUUGAUGAAAAUUAAUUUUGUUCUCAUUUGCGUUUAGUAUUGUGGCAAGUAUAAAUCAGUCUUGAGAGAUAUAGGAAGUAUUUAGUGAUACAACUAUAUGUGAUAAAAUUACAGUAUCACAUUAUUAUAAUUAAGUAUAGUGUUUAUUAUUCAUUGUCUGUAGACCAGGUCUUAGCUCAAGUGGGAGAUGCCAAGGUAUUUUCCAAGCUGGAUGCCAAUUCCGGUUUCUGGCAAAUCGAGUUAUCGCCUGAGUCCUCAAAACUGACUACCUUUAUUACUCCUUUUGGGAGGUAUAUACAUGUUCAAUCGAUUACCCUUUGGUAUAUCUUCAGCCCCGGAGUUCUUUCAGAAGAGGAUCUCUGAGAUACUGAGAGGGUGUGAUGGAGUCGUGGGACUAAUCGAUGACGUGCUACUGCUAGUCUAUGGAAAGACAGCAUCAGGAACGCCUCACAAGAGUCUUGGAAAAACUAAAUAAAGAAGGCAUCACUCUGAAUAUUGAUAA